AUGAAGACCAUAAUAAUAACAUUCAUGUUUAUAACAAUUACUGCUUGUGGAAUACUUAAAGAUGAAAGUGAGAAAUCAACAGAAAUACACCAUGACAACGCUAUAAUAGUCACAGUCAUAGACAAUAACGAAGAAUCUUCAGCUACAGAUACUGAAAAGAGUCACGAAGAAGAAACAAGGAUGUACAAAAGAGACAUAACUGUAGUUGAUGAAGUUGACGAUCUAACUAACUCAACAAUUAAUAACACAAAUAACACAACGACAAAUGAUGCUGAACUACAGUAUAUAAUGGAACUACUACGCAAAGCUACAAACUACACAGUAGUAGAAGUUCUAAUUAAUACUAAUGCUUUUGUCGGCGAUAAAUGUCCGAAUGGGAAAGACAGAGCCGCUGAUGAUGAAGAUAAAAGUGAGAUUUCAACAGAAAUACAAUAUGAUAACGCUAUAAUAGUCACAGUCGUUGAUAAUAAUGACGGAUCUUCAACUAUUGAAAAUGAAGAAACUGUAGCAGAGAUUCAUAAAAGAGAUAUAACACAAGUUGAAUACCAAAAUACCAUAGCGGCCAAUGAUGCAUUUAAAACAAAAACAAUAAUAUACAAAGAAGAUGAUGAAGAACUAAGAAGCGAAUCGCCAAAUGAAGAUAAAAGUGAGAUUCCAACAAAAAUACAAUAUGAUAACACUACAAGGGUUCCAGUUAUUGAUUACAAUGAAAAGCCUGCUAGUUCUAACAAAGGAUUUACCAGUUAUGAUGAAGAAGGUGCUGCUUUUAAAGCCGAUGUUUGUCCAUCAGGUAAAGACAGGGCUGAUGAUGACGAAGAUAAAAGUGAAAUUACAACAGGAAUACAAUAUGAUAACACAACAAUAGUUCCAGCCAUUGAUAAUAAUGAAGGAUCUUCAACUACUGAAAAUGACGAAGCUGCAAAGAUUCACCAAGGAGAUAUAACACAAGUUGAAGACCAAAAUAUCAAAACGGCUAAUGAUUCAGAUAACAUAACGACUACUAAUGAUGUAGGAGAAAAUGAUCUAGUACCUUCUAAAGAUAAGGCCCAAGGGCUAACCAAUCUUCUUAAGAAUAAGCCUAAAAGUGACAAUGAAGGUGUCAUUAUGAAAGUGCGUGAAACCCUUGAAAAUGGAACGAAAAUUGUUAUUGACGCACUAGGUAAUGUUAUCAGAAUUCAUCCUGAAGACGGUGAAGAUAAUUCUAAAACAUAUGAAGAGAUUGUCGGAAAUAAAGAAAUAAGUAAGACUAAUAAUACUGCCGCUGAAGAAAAUAAAGCGGAUCCUAAUGAUUUAAAACUGAAUCAAAACGAAAAGAAUGCAAAAAUAGACGAUAAAACAACAGAAAAUAAAAAUGAAACUUUAAAAACAGACCCCAAAGACAAAAUUAAGGACACAGGUAACUUGAAUGCUACAGAACCUAGUGCUGAUGAAGGAAAAGUGGAUAAAAAUAGGAAUUGUACUACAGUUGAUAAUAAAGCCUGUAAUGUUACCAUAGCAACCAGGACAUCAUUGAGUGGAGAUGCUUGUCCUCCGGGGAAGAAGAGGGCUGAUGACAAAACUUGUGUAGAUGUAGUGUGA